AUGUCUUUACGCUCAAAAAAAUUAAAUUUUGAUAAAGUGUUUAAAGAGUUUAAAGCAGAUAUAGAAAAAAUGUUUAAUUUUUCUGGAGUAGAUCGAGUGUCUGGAGUGAAGAUGUAUCAGUAUCCUUUAUGUGAACAAAUAUUGGUAUAUGAUAUGUGCACUGCCUCACCAAGACCAUAUACUGAUAAAUUGUUUAAUUCACUUGCUGAUUUUUUAACACAACACACUAUACAAAUAAGAGAGUCUAUUUUAGAACAUAAUGAUAUUGUUAAUGAAUAUUAUAGAGAAUGGAAACGAUAUCGUCUUGCAGCAGAAUAUUCUAGCAAUGUGUGUGAUUAUCUUAACAAACGUUUAACCAAUGAAUUGAAAAGUCACAAUAUAGUAGCUACCAGGAGAGAAAAUGUAGGAGGAGGAAAAUACAAACCACAAACUUUUCAAGCUUUGGCUUAUUUAAUAUGGAAAGAACAAAUAUUAUAUUCAAUUAAAAAAAAUCAUGGAGAUCGAUUAAUGUAUCAAAUAUUUCAGCUUAUUCAAAGAAAUAGAGAUGGAAAGGAAAUUGUACCUGAUAUAUUGACAGAAGUUAUUGCAUCAUUAGAAGAAUUUCAAAAACCUUAUUUAAAACAUACUCGACAAUAUUAUGAAAGGGAAGCAGCUGAAGUUAUUUCAAGUUCUUCAAUUUCAGAUUAUAUGAAAAAAGCUUCUCAUAGACUAGAGGAGGAAGCUGUAAGAAGUGAUAAAUAUUGUCAUGAAUCUUCGCUCGCAAGUGUUAGUGUAAUUAAAGAAUGCGAAAAACAAUAUAUAACUGUACAUCAAUCAAGGAUACAUAAUGAAUUUGAAUCAAUGAUCUCGAAGGAGCAAUAUGAAGAUUGUACAUUGGCUUACAAAAUUUUAUCUAGAAAUCUUCCUGAAGGCUUAACUCAUUUGUUAGAAAUAUAUGAAUUAUUUAUUACAAACAUUGGUAAAGAAAUGAUUGCAAAAAUGGGCAAUACGAUAACAAAGGAUCCAAGAGAGUAUUUGGAAGAGCUAAUGGAGCUUCAUACAAAAUACAUGUCAUUUUGUCAAAAAGUAUUUAAUAACGAUCCAGCUUUUGUAGCCUCGGUUGAUAAAGCUUUUCGUACCAUUGUUAAUGAUAAAACAACCAAUCCAGUAGCACACUCACCUGAAAUCAUGGCACGUUAUUGUGAUGUUUUAUUAAAAAGAAAUAAUAAAGGUGGAUUGAAUGAAAGUGAAAUUGAUGAGAAAUUAAACCGAAUGAUUGCAUGUGGUGUAGAAUAUACUAAUAAAUUACAAAGGAUGUUUACUGAUAUAACCAUCAGUACCGAUAUUAAUAAUAAUUUUGUUGAUCAUAUUAAAAAAGAGUCAAUAAAUAUAGGAGUCGACUUUUCAAUAUUAGUAUUAACAACAGGUGCAUGGCCAUUAACACAAACAGUUGGAACAGAAUUUCAAUUACCAAUUGAGUUAGAGAAAAAUAUUACUCAUUUUUCUAAAUUCUAUAGUAAAAAACAUGAGGGUAGAAGAUUAACAUGGUUAUGGCAUUUAUCAAAAGCUGAUGUGAAAUUAUCAUAUCUUGAUAAACGAUAUGAAUUCUCUGUCUCUCUACAUCAACUCGGAGUACUUUUAUUAUACAAUAAUAAUGAUGUAUAUACCUUCAAAGAAAUUUCUGAAAAUAUAGGAUUAAAUGAACAAGAAUUGAAAAGAAUUAUGAAGCCAAUGAUUGAUUUGUUAGUAUUUAUAAUAUCGCCACCUGGAAACCUUCAGGAAGAAACAAAAAUUAGAUUAAAUAUGGAAUUUACAAAUAAAAGAAAUAAAAUCAAAAUUGGUACAUCAUUACAAACCGAGACGCCACAAGAAAAUGAUGCAACAAGAAGAUCCGCAGCAAUUGUCAGAGUAAUGAAAUCAAGAAAGACGUUAUCACAUGUACAAUUAGUUAAUGAAGUUGUUGAUCAAGCAAAAAAUAGAUUUACUCCAAAUGUGCCAAUGAUAAAAAAAUGUAUCGAGCAACUAUUAGAAAAACAAUACCUUCAAAGGACACCAGGAACCAAAGAUAAAUAUGUAUAUGUUGCAUAA